AUGGGUUUUCGCGUUCGAAGGACAAAAAAGCUGGUAACACUAGUCCUCAUAUCAUCAUUAUUUCUAGUAGUCCUUUUCAGAUGCUCUCGUAACUAUUUACUUUUGGAUAAUUUCCGAACACAGAAGGAGAAUGCAUCAUCUAAAACGAUUCAAUGUCUGUCUGAACUAGCUCAAACUGGAAGUAGUAAAAGAGCAAAUGAGUUUUAUGAUCCAAGCAUAUGGAAAACAUUUUUAUCCUUCAUAAACGGAGGUCACGGAGAUGUGAAAACGCUAACACAAUCUCUAUUCAAUAUCCAGUUAUACCAGCAAUGUACUAAAAACACCUCAAUUGAUCAUGAUGUUCCACUUCUCCACGAGGUGGAAGGCAGCUUAUUUCCAUACAUGGAUUUUCCAACGUUGCAUAAUGGAGACAUUCAAGAUUUUUGGCCGAUUCAUUCCCGAUUUGAUGGAAGUACUCAUCGUGGACAGGUAUUAGAAUUCUCCACAACGGAUAACUCAUUCAUAGGGACGUCACGCAUCGAGUUCAACAUUAGCAAGCCGUUUUGGGAGAACUGGUUAGUUUCAGCUGUUCAAAAUGGCUCGAAGGGCUUAGUAAUGAGUGUGUCAGAUUACCAGGUAGCCGAUUCAAUCCGACUCAUAAGGGUCUUGCGACUAUUGAAUAAUUCACUGCCGAUUGAAAUUGUUCACAAGUCUGAUUUAAGUGAGAACUACCAACAGCUUUUGAUAGCGUCAGCAAGGGAAUCUGAAUCUCUUGAUUAUCCUCCACAAGAGCUGUGGUUUCUAAACGUAAAGAGCCUGCUAAAGGACAACUAUGUGGCCAAGUUCAAGCGGUUUUCGAAUAAAUGGUUAGCAAUUACUUUUUGCUCUUUUCAAAUACCGAUUCUUCUAGAUUCUGAUACUGUACCAUUCGUCUCAUUGGAUACAUUUUAUGAAAUAGACGAGUUUAAAAGAACUGGGACACUUUUUUUCAAGGACCGAGGCUUCCCAACUUCCAAACUGGGAUCGCACCAAAUCAAUGUCCUAAAGAAGGUGAUUGAUAAUUGUCUGGGUAUACCCUUGGAUUCAAAAAAGGAUCUCGACUUGUUGAAAAAUCGUCUGAAGGAUGACAUGGCCAUGGAUGCCGUAGAAAGUUUAGUUACCAAGCAUCAAAAGCAUUACAUGGAAAGCGGUUUACUAGUUUUAGACAAACAGAAACACUUUUCCAGUCUAUUAGUUUCAAUGAUGCUGCAGUUCUCACCUAUUCAAGAAUACUUCUACGGUGACAAAGAAUGGUUUUGGCUUGGUUUAUUAUUAUCUAACGAUACAUUCACUUUUCAUCCAGUAGAGGCCUCAAACGUGGGAGCAUUGAAGGAUUUGAGCACACCUGAUAGCGCCCAGAUGUGUUCGAUCCAACUAUCCCAUACAGACAUCCAUGGUAAUGUUCUAUGGCUAAACGGUGGUCUAUCUGUUUGUAAAAAAGCAUGCUGGGUUUAUGACUACACUAAACGUAAAGAUAUUGCGUCUAGAUUUGAAAGUGUAGAUGAACUACAAAAGCACUAUCGAUCACCCGUGAAACUCGAAAAUGUCAUUAUCCCUGAAGUUAACAAGUCUCCCUGGUCACAAAACACCGAAUGUGCUGGGUACAAUUAUUGCACAAAGUAUAAAAAGGGAGAGUAUGGAACACUGAUAGAGUUUACAGAACACCAGAAGAAAUCUUAUGAAAGAAUUGUACAACUGUGGAAUGACGUUAUAUAA